AUGGCUUCCGGAUACGGUCUCAAUGGCGGUCCUUCCCGCUGCUUUCCCUUUUGGCAAGAUCUUCUUGCUUGUUAUGUUGUCAAUACAACGGCCGAGGACGACUCCGGGAAGAAAAAGUGUGUACCAGCUUUAGAGGAUUACUACGAAUGUCUACAUCACAAGAAGGAGGCUGCAAGAGUCAGAGCUCUACAGGUCGCCUAUCGAAAAGCUCAAGCGGCACAUCCGAGAGAGGAUGCUCCCAAACCCGGAUCAAUACGUAACCUUGGAUUGCUUGAUGCUGAGGAAGAUACGAAGAAUGUACUCGGAUAA